GCCGCCAUUUUGUCCAGUGAGGAAAAGCGGAGCGGGAGUCUCGUUGGGGGUCGAGUCGGCUACGAAAUUAGCGCGGGCUCCCUUCGCGCGCCCUCCCUCUUAGCAUCGAAAUGCAUCGUGACUCUUGUCCGCUGGACUGCAAGGUUUAUGUGGGUAACCUUGGAAACAAUGGCAACAAAACUGAGUUAGAGCGAGCUUUUGGCUACUAUGGACCACUGCGCAGUGUAUGGGUGGCGAGAAAUCCUCCCGGUUUUGCCUUUGUGGAAUUUGAAGAUCCUCGAGAUGCAGCUGAUGCUGUGAGAGAGCUAGAUGGAAGAACCCUCUGCGGGUGUCGUGUCAGAGUGGAGCUCUCCAAUGGCGAAAAACGGAGUCGGAACCGUGGUCCACCUCCAUCCUGGGGCAGGCGCCCUCGAGAUGACUAUCGCAGAAGAAGUCCUCCUCCUCGUCGCAGAUCACCACGAAGGAGAAGCUUUUCUCGUAGCCGCAGCAGGUCCCUCUCCAGAGACAGAAGAAGAGAGAGAUCGCUCUCACGGGAGAGGAAUCACAAGCCUUCUCGUUCCUUUUCCAGGUCUCGCAGUCGCUCCAGGUCAAAUGAGAGGAAGUAGGACUUUCAGAAGGAGCUGUGUACAGGAAGUCGUUAGAUCUGAGGACAGGAGGAGUAUGUACAGAACAUUGUUUUGUUUUGAAACUUCAUAAAGCUUGACGCAUUUUUAAAAUGUUUUAGCUGUUGAACUUGCUUUGUUCCUUGUAUCUUGUAACAGGUGGCAAAUGUAAAGAUGUGAAUCUGUAUAUGGUUCUAAGCAGAUCCUAUGAUUUGUAAUAUUAAUUACUUUUCAGUGUACCCUUACACAUAGCUUUUGUUUGUGUUGAAUGGUAAUCAGUUUGUCUUACAUAGCUAGAAGAAUGUUUCUGGUCUUAUUCUGGAGUGUCUUUUGCUGGGAUUCAGCUUUUGGAAAGAAGCUUGCAAUGAAGAUACUGGUUAAUUGCAAGAAUAUGGCCAUAAAUGAUAUUCAGUCUAUGCAGAACAAGAAGUAGAUGCUUCAUAGUACAGUUCUCAGAAAAAGUCAGGAAUGUCAAGCCAACGGCAAGUAAAGGGAAUGGCUGAGCUGUGGUUUUAUCUGCAGCUCUAGUUCUGGUUUCCCGUUACCUGGAACAGAGCUACUUUAUAUUAUGUAAAAUGUAAAUUUUUAGCCCUGGAGUCAGUUAAUUUUGUACUUAUUGUGACUAGAGUACUACUUAAAUAGAUGAUUGUUUGAUUAACCAUCUAUUCCAGAAUCUCUGAAUAGACCAAAUAUGCAACAGAACUGACAACUGGAGUGGAUGAGUUGAAUGUGUAAUGGUACAUUGUAAAAGUUAUGAAUUAAACAUUUCUUUACUGUACAAGAAUUUUCAUGUCACUUGUAAAAUGUCUUUUGUGAGAUCCUUGGGAUUAAAGUUUUGGUUACAAA